GUUAUGCUUUUUUAUUGUGGCUUUUCUUUUGGUGGGUUUUCUACCUGAUCAAUACAUGCUGUUGUGCUUUGUUUUCCAUGUGGUAAAGUUACCCAUGAGUCUUUAUCUUCUUUUGUCUGGUGUGGAUGUUGUUACUCACUUUUUUGUUGUAUUUGGCUUUGAGUUCGUCGGUUGCUUGAGGGGAAGGAAGGAUGCCUUCCCAAAAGGAGAAGAGAAAAUGAAAACCAUAGAAGUUAUGUCGUAGCCCUGGUUGCAAUCCUGUGAAGUGUCAGUUGGAUGCUUUCAGAAUGAUUUCAUCAAAAGGAGCUGCAUCCGAUUUCAAGCUUCUGAAUGGUGCAAAAGUCGGAGAAAACAGUAAGGCGAACCCAAUGAAAUCCCCGAAGUUUAUAGAUGAGGCUAUCGAAGCAGAAAAGCAGCUAUGGGCUUCAAUCAACUUUAAGGGCCCGCUAGAUGAAAAAGUUGAGGAAUCAUACUGCAAAGCUCGCGCAGGUUAUGAGAAUGCUGUUUUUGUGGACAAUGAGGCUUCCGAAUUUUAUGAUGAUCAGUUAUGGUUACUUCACUACAGACUUAUUGAAGCAUACCGCUGCAGAAUUAAAGCAUGCUGUCAAAGUACAAGUGGUUCUGGCCUCGCAAAUCCUCAAAAUCCCCGCAUUUUGCAGGAAAACUGUGCUGGAAUUUUGACUGGAUUUCAGUGCUUCUUAGCGAAGUCCACAAAAUUCUAUGAGGAAAUGAUCUCAAAAUUGCGAGAGUAUUAUGGGAUUCCUGGAGAAUGUUCAAUUGACAGUUGUGUUUUUUCUGAUGGAUUGGAGUCAAAAGUUGUACAGAAAUUUCAGCUCCUAUGCCAUCGCUGCUUCAUCUAUCUUGGGGAUCUUGGACGUUAUAAGGAAUUGUAUUCAAGUCCUGAAAUUCCAAGCUUCAACUUGUCCAUUUCUACACGUCACUACUUGAAUGCAGCUUCAGUCUAUCCUGCAAGUGGGAACCCUCAUAAUCAGCUGGCUCUUUUGGCUAUGUAUGUUGGAGACGAACUCCAGCAAAUGUAUCAUUUUGUCAGAAGCCUCGCUAUUGCGGACCCAUUCCAUAAAGCAUGGGACAAUAUCUUUUUACUAUUCAAUAAGUUGCUGCUUACACCUUUGAGGGAAGCCAGUUUGGAGAAAAAUAGUAAUGGAUCAGGUGCUAGUCAUUCAGAGAGCAUGGUAUGUGAGGCUGCUGUGAUGGACAUGUCCAACGAAGCAAGUUUUAUGGAAGCUUUUGGGUAUCCCUUCACCAAGCUAAUCAGUAUGCUCUGUACAAAUAGUAGGACGGAUGGGCUUUCUGACACGUAUGCUGCAAUGUUAAUUGGUCUGAAAACGGUGUUGUUUGCUGAUGAUGCAAAGUUGGAUGAUAUGCUGCGCACUUGCCAGCCUGUAGGAAUUGAAGAAACGAAGAACAGUGCCUUCCGAAUUAUACAGAUAGUUUGCAUAGUCAUCUUUGCUAUAUGGUGCCAAAAUCUGGAAUUUAAAUUUGUUAGAUGUGAGCGUGACACACAGAAGAAUUUCAUACAGCUGGCCUGGUCUGCUGCUUUUGACAUUAUGGGGCAUGUGAUGCAUCGAUGUGUGAAGUACAGUUCCAUUAAUGACAGUCCUCUACUGCCUGGUGUACUGGUUUUUGUAGAAUGGUUUGCACUUAGGACAGAUCUUGAUACAAUAUUGGAUGAAGCUGAUGAAAAAUGUGGGAAUGCAGCAAGAUACUUUUUUAGUUGCUUUGUGGAUAUGUUGAAUAAAGUUUGUGACAAAGGUGAUAUCAGCCAUCAAUCUUCUGGUGCAUACAAGCUUUCAGAUAAUGACAUCCUCUGGGAAGACACUGAAUUAUGGACAUUUUCACCUCUUUUGCCCAUUCAUGGGUCAAGUACUGGCCUGAACUUCAUUCCUGGAAAGGAACUCCGAAGUAAACAUGAAUACCAGGUUCGUAAUUCUCGGAUAGUAGCUUCUGCUGUCAGGCUUGUUAACAUCUUCUCUACCUCUAGUUGCAAUUGGAUCAGCUACAGUGAAAUGGAAAAAAGGUUCUAUGCACUUGAAGCAGGUAAAGAGAAGGAGAAAACUGAACUCCCUAGACAUGACAAUUUACUUGUAUCAGCAGUAAAAGAAGACAUUGAAUUGGCUUCUGAGUUCACCGGCAUGUCCAAAAAAACUAACACCAGUUCUCAGUCUUAUAUUGAAGAGGAUGAAGUCAUUAUUUUCAACCCUGCUGCAAGAAAUAACUCGAACGUGGAUCUUGUCUACUCUUCUGUAGCCAGUGACUUCAUUAUUUCACACACGGAAGCUCUCAAUACAACUUCACCCAAGCCAACACCAGGAUCGAAGCUUAAUGAUUGGCAUUCUAUUAAUACAUUCUCUGCAUCACUAGAUCAUACUGAAGUUUCUCGUGCUUCCCACUCAGAUGGAGUGGACUUCUGGAAUGUUGAGGGUAGUAAAUCUGCAAGGUUACUGACUGCUGAUUCUGUUCUUCAUCCUUUAUCUGAUCUCAGCAUUUCAUCAACUUCGGCAGAAAGAGAUCAGACAGGAUAUGUUCCGCCUCAUCCUAAGAACUAUGUGCAUUGCUCAGGCAGCUUGCCAUCUAGAAUUGCCUCACCUUCUCUUCGCGGUUGGAUAGUCAGCAAGGAGAAAGGUCCAGCCCUUCCAGAAAGUUUGGCGAGCACUAGUUCACUCAGAGCUGGUUGGAGUCCACUGAAGGACACACAUUCAGCUGACACAACAGGCAGAGCUUUCCCAGAGGGCAGCUCGCUGUUCAGUAUGUCACUCCCUUCACCCAACACUCCCAACUAUUUGAGUCCACUCGACUUCCAGAAUUCAAGUACCAGUGUCCCUGACUAUUUUUCUGCAACGAUCAAUCCGUAUGUGAGUCCAUUUCCCUCUGCACCUGUAUUGACAGAUGAAACCAUAAUGCAUGGCAAUAGCCCAGCUACUUAUCCUAGAGAAUAUGUCGACUCCAGCUUGAGCUUCCCUCGACAUUUUCCUAUUUCUUCAGCGCCACAGGAUCUGCUCGGAAACCCUGGAACAACAGGCUUUAUUGGUUCACCAGCCUCAAGUGACAAACUCAGAAACUGGUUCCUAGCUCAAGGCCUCCAAGGCACUAGUUCUGGUUAUGGAGGUUACCCUCAUGCACCGGCAUUACCACCAAUCUAUUAUUUUCAUCAGUACAGAGACAUAUUCGGUACCCGCUAUGGUGAUGAUUUGUAUCAUCCACCAUAUUGUGAUUCUACAUUUAAAGAACCUGAUAUCUUGAAAAAAUCACCUCCUGACAGGUGGAUGAAUCCUUUAGGUCCUACUUUCCCAAACUUCUAUGACAGUUCAUAUAGAGACCACAGCAUCCCUCACGGCUACAAUGCCCUUGAUCAAAAAGGAAAAGAAGUCAUGUUUUACGGCUACCAGAGUGCAGCUCCGGUUCGGUACGGCUUGGCUUGGGAUCAAAGGCCAGAGCAUCUUUUGCAUUCACAGUAUCCCACUGAUUCAGAAUGGUACAGGCAGCAACAGCACGUCUAAUGUCCAGCUACCAAGUGUGUGAAACACUAAGAAAUUGUGUACUUGUGCACCACACUUCUCUUGUUCCCCCAGGUGGGAAGACGGUUCAUCUUUACUCACAGUCAGUUCAUGUAAAUGGCCAAACGCCAAAGUGAGCAUUGAGCUAUCUUCCUUUCCUGUAUAAAAUCAUAAAGUAUCUGUUC